GAUAAGAAAGCUGCAUUUGCAACAACGAGAUGAUGCGACGCGUGUAUCUUGUAAUCAAAACCAAAAUCAGAACGAAAAUCAAACUCAAAACCAAAAAAAAAGGCAAUUUCUUGGCAGGCAUUAUUCCCCUUCGUCAUCUGAUCCAAUCUUAUUUAUAAAUUCCGACCCUUUGAGCUAUACUUGUUUCUUUUUCCUAUUUUUUAGAUCUGGAUUCUUGUUGUGAUCUCAUCUUUCCACCAUGUCUAUGCUCGAUUCCUUUUUCAACAAAGGCUUUAAAGCUGCUAAAUGCAAAACUUUACUAAAGUUAACAAUUCCGCGUAUAAAGUUGUUGAGGAAUAGGAGAGAGAUUCAGAUAAAGCAGAUGCGCCGCGACAUUGCCAAGCUUCUUGAGACUGGCCAAGAAGCUACUGCUCGAAUUCGGGUGGAGCAUAUAAUAAGGGAAGAGAACGUGAUGGCUGCUCAGGAGAUCCUUGAGCUGUUUUGUGAGCUCAUUGCCGUUCGUCUUCCAAUCAUCGAAACUCAAAGGGAAUGUCCUCUAGAUUUGAAAGAAGCAAUAUCUAGUGUUUGUUUCGCUGCACCAAGAUGUGCCGAUCUACAGGAGUUGCUGCAGGUUCAAAUGCUAUUUGUUUCCAAGUAUGGGAAGGAAUUUGUAUCAGCUGCAACUGAGCUGAGGCCAGAUUGUGGUGUUAAUCGUCAGUUGAUAGAAUUGUUAUCUGUACGUGCUCCUUCACCUGAAACAAAAUUGAAGCUUCUUAAAGAAAUUGCUGAAGAGCCCGAGUUGGAAUGGGAUCCAGCUUCCACUGAGACUGAGUUUUUCAAACCGCAUGAAGAUUUAUUAAAUGGCCCAACACAGUUUGUCAGUGGGUCUAAGUUGCCCCUUCCUGCUGAAAAACAUGAUGAAACAUUGAAUUCUGCCGGUGGUCAUAUCCAAAAUGAGCAGCCUGAUUCUGAUACAGACUUUGACCCUUUAGAUUUUCCUGAAGUUCCUAAGGUGUCAUUGUGGUCAAGUGCAAAUGCUGCGUCAGCACCAGUAAUUAGUCCACCUUCACCAGCUACUCCAGACCCUGAAACUGAGCGUGGAUCAUCUAGACAUUCUGGAGCUUCUGGAUAUGUGUUGCCAAUGUCACCUUUGGAACCCAAUACAUUGAUGCAAGAAGAUUUAGUCACUAAAGAAAAUGAAACACCAAAUGAUCCGGCUGGAGCCAAAGAAAAUAAACAGUUUCUCCCAUUCAUUUCUCCUCCAUCAGUAUCUUCUGCAUCAAUUUCUGCAAGACCAAGUGAUUCACCACCUGCUAUUUGGCGAACAAAAAGUGAGGCCAACGUAGACCUACAGGAUGUUUUAGCUGCAGCUCAGGCAGCUGCUGAAACUGCUGAGCGAGCAGCAGCUGCAGCUCGCUCGGCAGCUAGUCUUGCACAGGUCAGAAUUGCUGAACUUACGCAGAAAAAGAAUGACCAGGUCACUGUGAAUAGCAGCUCCGAGAACCCAUUUCAUACAGAUAUUCCUCAUCAACCCGCUAGUACAGAAAAGCCAAAUUUUGAUCAUCAAAGCUCUUCUAGUGAUCUUGAUGAUGUUUUAUACUCUCCGGACUCCCAUCAGGUACAUCAGGAACAGGAGCACCAAGGAUCAGAGGUAGCAGAUCUUCCUUCAGUCAACAUACUAAAAGUGGGUUUUGAUUCACCGGUUUCGAGUGACCAUGCUCUUGAGCAAGACCACCUUCAACACGAGCCGCAAAGAUUGACUUCAAUGGAUGAUGAAUACUUCUCUUAUCCAAACCUUUUUUCCAGCCAGAAUUCAAUCCUUGGAUCUGAUGGUUCUUUUAAAUAUAAUUCCCAUACUCAUAGUCAUUAUUAAGGCUAUCUUGCAUUUUGUUUGUCUUUAGGUUUUGCCUUGAGUGGAUUUGAACUCUUAACAGUUUUACCAUAUGUUGUUAAAUCUGUAUUUUAUUUUUUGAGUAUUGAGGUUAUUAAAUUUUCCUGAUUGUAAGUUUUACAUCAUGGCUAUCCUACUACUCAAGAACGUGGAAUAUAAAGAAUUUUAAGCUGCUCUUUUAAGUGGUAAUCAGUAGCUU